UCUUUAGCCACCAAUCACUUAGAAAGGGACCGGACUCCACAUUCCAACUCUGUUCAGUUCCAAUCUCAACCCUAACCCUAGCCUUGACCUAGUCCCAGGUCCAGCCAACCUUAUCAUGACAAAGGAGUAUCAAGAUCUUCAGCAUCUGGACGACGAGGAGAAUGAUCAUCAGCUCAGAAGAGGGCUGCCUCCUCCCCAGCGGCUCUUUCAGCGUCUCUGCUCUGGACCCCGCCUCUUACUGCUCUCCCUGGGCCUCAGCCUCCUGCUGCUAGUGGUUGUCUGUGUGAUUGGAUCCCAGAACUCCAAGCUGCAGGAGGAGCUGCGGUCCUUGAGAGAGACGUUCAGCAAUUUCACAGUGAGCACGGAGGCCGAGGUCAAGGACCUGCGUACUCAGGGAGGAGGUGUGGGCAGAAAGAUGAAAUCCCUGGAGUCCCAGCUGGAGAAGCAGCAGCAGGACCUGAGUGAAGAUCACUCCAGCUUGCUGCUCCACGUGAAAUCCUUUGUGUCUGACAUUCAAAGCCUAAGCUGUCAGCUGGCCAUCCUCCAGGGCAAUGGCUCUGAAAAGACCUGCUGCCCUGUUAACUGGCUGGAGCAUGAGGGCAGCUGCUACUGGUUCUCUCGUACUGGGAAGCCCUGGCCUGAGGCUGAGAAGUACUGCCAGCUGGAGAACGGGCACUUGGUGGUGGUCAGCUCCUGGGAAGAGCAGAAAUUUGUCCAGCACCAUAUGGGCCCUGGAAACACAUGGAUAGGCCUCACCGACCAAAAUGGGCCCUGGAGAUGGGUGGAUGGGACAGACUACGAGACAGGCUUCAAGAACUGGAGACCAGAGCAGCCGGAUGACUGGUAUGGACACGGGCUUGGGGGAGGCGAGGACUGUGCCCACUUCACAGAUGAUGGCCGCUGGAAUGAUGACGUCUGCCAGAGGCCCUACCGCUGGGUCUGUGAGACACAGCUGAACAGGGCUAAUUAGGAGCCUCCUCUCCCCUAAUUUAUUUCCUCAAUGCCUUCACUUGCCUAAGGGGCCUGGUUUGGGGAUCCUCCUAUCUGGAGGCCUCCUGUACCUUCUCGGGGAUUUUCAUCUAGGUUUUAAGGGAAGGUGAAAGGAUGGUGUCUGAGGAAUGUAGAAUGAUGUUUGGAGGGGUGGGGAUAUUGAAACCCAUGCCACUUUCUGUAGUUUACUGGUUAUUAUUGUCAACUGUUUUUUAGAGUAAAAAGAAGAGAAAUAUACUAAA